CAGACGGCAGACGAGAGUGGACUCUGGUCAGCUGCGGUGCAAGACUGUCAGUCAGCAAUAUGUGGAAACUGCUGGUCAUCGCUGUUGCUUGUGUGCAGCUCUGCUGUGCACAGUACCCAAGGUACCUUCGUUUCCCGGUUGGCAGAGGUGAUGACACCAAAUGCCAUGACAACCAGGUUGACAAGGAGUACAAUAUCGGUGAUGUCUGGAGCUCUCCAUUCUCUGGCUGUAAACAGAGUCACUGCGUCAAGGACGACGGCGUUCUUUAUAUUGACAGAUUCCAGUGUCCGUCGGUGAGAAAGCAGGUGGACUACAAGAAGCUGAAGGCCAACAAUCUGUUCUGCCGCGAGGCUCGGGGAGACAGAAGAAAGGAGUUUCCCGACUGCUGUGCCCGCCUUGUCUGUAAACACUACGUGGACGGGAAGCUUGUGCCGCUGCCGGCGCACAAAUAUCCCCUUCUCUAGUCAGGGCUAGGAUAAAGCUACGUUUGCUGGAGUGCAAACCAAAGAUGUCUGAAUAUUCGUCAGAGUGGGCAUAUUUGGUGUACCCGAAUAUUCCUAUUGCUGCGCGGGAUCCAGUGCGAGUCUUGUGAUAUUGGUGCGUUGUGUAUUUAUAUUGCUUUGUGCAUACAAAGAACACUUUUUUUUACUGGUCCCCGUGUUUUGUUCGGCGGCCAUCUGAUGCUCAGGAGAAUACACUUUUAAAAUGGGUUGAUUGGAUUUUUUGAGACAUUUGGCGAAUCGUCACCUAUAAUUUUGAUCUUCCGUACACUGAUGAAACGCUUGUGAAGGCUGUCACCAGCCAGAUACAUUUUUUACCAGC